UAACCAUGUUUACAUAAGAUAUGGAAUGUACUGUGUAUCUAUGGCAGUAUUUAAAACAUUUAUAUAAAUCUUAGUGGCAAAAAUAUCUGUCUAGCUUGAAGUGUUGGUUUGCGAUAUAUAUAUACUAUUCUUUAAUCUUUGAGAAUAUUUUACUCUUCAACUUUCAAGGGAUUUAGUAAUAAUUUUCGUUGUUUGUUGAACCAUAUAAGAUGAAGGGUGGUGGUGGAGCAGAGCUUCCCCGUUGGAAGUACAUUUAUAUGCUGUUGGAAAGCUUUAGAAAAGUUGUUCUACCAAUCUUAACAUUAGUACUCCUAGUCAAAAUCACCUUCUCCUCAUAUAAUACUACCACUGAUUCUUUGCUGCAAAAUCUUGAAACAACCCUCAAUAAAUCAGUCCCUUUUGAUCAGCAAAAACAUGAGGCAAUCACCCAACUGCAGUCUGUUGGAAUUACUAGCAUUAAUCAUUCAGAAAAAGUAGGGAAAAAGCAAAAAACAUGCAACAUCUUUGUGGGAAAAUGGAUAUCAUAUCCAAAUGGACCAUACUAUACAAAUGAGACAAACUGCGCAAUCGAUGAUCGACAAAAUUGCAUGAAAUUUGGAAGACCGGAUCGUGAUUUUAUACACUGGAGAUGGAAGCCAGAUGAUUGUGAGCUGCCACUUUUUGAUGCUAUGCAAUUCUUGGAACUUGUACGUGAUAAGACUUUGGCUUUUGUUGGAGACUCACUAGCAAGAAACCAGAUGCAGUCACUGGUGUGCCUGCUAGCUAGUGCGGCCAUUCCUGUAGACGUAUCAGAGACUAAGGACGCGAGAUUCAGGCGUUGGUUGUAUAAAGAUUACAACUUCGCAAUCAUAGCCCUAUGGUCUCCACAGUUGAUUAAAUCCUAUGAAUCUGAUCCUAAUGGCUAUUCAUACAACAGUCUCAUGGAUCUGUAUCUAGACGAGGCCGAUGAUGUCUGGGCAAGUCAAGUUCACAAAGCUGAUACUGUCAUAAUCUCCGGAGGACAAUGGUUCUUUAGGCCAUUUUUGUACUACGAAAAUGGUCAGCUCAUCGGAUGUCACAAAUGCAAUGAAAAGAACACCACAAAACUAAGCCAUUAUUAUGGAUACAGAAUGGCGUUUCGUACAGCUUUCAAGACACUUCUAAAUCUCAAGAGAUUAAAAAGUCGAUUGGUAAUACUAAGACCAUUCUCCCCUCAACAUUUUGAGAAUGGGGAAUGGAAUAAAGGAGGGAAUUGCAAUAGAACAAGACCCUUCACGAAUCAAGAUAUUAAGUUGGAUGGAUAUACAUUACAAAUGUAUUUGACUCAAUUGGAGGAAUUUAAGGCAGCAAAAAGGGAAGGCAACAAAAGGGGUGUCAAGUUUCGAUUGUUAGAUACAAGUGAAGCCAUGUUACUGAGGCCAGAUGGGCAUCCAAAUCAUUAUGGACAUUGGCCAAAUGAGAAGAAAUUAGCUGAUUGUGUGCAUUGGUGUAUGCCAGGUCCUGUUGAUACAUGGAAUGAGCUUUUGCUAUCCAUUUUGAAGAUGGAAGCAGAAUGAGUUGAAGCUUGGAAUAGCACCACUCAUUCUUCAGGACAGUAAUAAUUUAUAUACAUCUUUAGAAUUUGGUAACAACCGUAUAAUAACUUUUUAAAUGUUUAUGUAAUAUUUUUAUAUUUCAACAUAAUCUCUAUAAGGACAUCUAUAGAAAAAUAUUUGUCA